CGUCCAGCAGCUGAUCGGUAAUCCAGAAGAAGUUUCCCCUCAGUUAGGGGGGAGCUCCACUUUGAAGCAGGAGACUCCACAACCACCCUGCAUUAAAAAGGAAGAGGAGGAACUCUGCAUCACUCAGGAGGGAGAGUGUCUUCUAGGACGAGAGGAAGCUGAUUACACCAAGUUUCCACUGAGUAUUCUCUCUGUGAAGACUGAAGAUGAUGAAGAGAAACCACAAGUAGACAACUUCUUAGCUCCACUGUCAGAUAGUGAGGCUGAAGACGACGUUGAAGAACCUUUGAGCAGCGAUACAGACUGUGAAGGUGAUAUGAGGACUCACAUUGACAACAAACAUUCUGAAUGCUCUUCAAAGAAGAGAGGUAAAAAAUGUUUGAGCUGCUCAGUUUGUGCUAAAAGCUUUUCUGUUAAGAGGUAUUUGACUGAACACAUGAGAACACACACAGGGGAAAAACCAUUUAUUUGUUCAGUUUGUGGCAAAAGUUUUUCUCAAAAUAGCCAUUUGACUCGACACAUGAGAACACACACAGGAGAAAAGCCAUUUAAUUGUUCAGUUUGUGGCGUAUCCUUUUUUCAAAAUAGCCAUUUAACUCUACACAUGAGAACACACCCAGGAGAAAAAACAUUUAAUUGUUCAGUUUGUGGCAAAAGCUUUUCUGUUAAGAGGAAUUUGACUCAACACAUGACAACACACACAGGAGAAAAUUCAUUUAAUUGUUCAGUUUGUGACAAAAGCUUUUCUCGAAAUAGCUCUUUGACUGAACACAUGAGAACACACACAGGUGAAAAACCAUUUAUUUGUUCAGUUUGUGGCAAAAGUUUUUCUCGAAGUAGCCAUGUGACUCAACACAUGAGAACACACACAGAUGAAAAACCAUUUAAUUGUUCAGUUUGUGGCAAAAGCUUUUCUCAAAAUAGCCAUUUGGCUCAACACAUGAGAACACACACAGGUGAAAAACCAUUUACGUGUUCAGUUUGUGGCGAAAGUUUUUCUCAAAAUUGCCAUUUGACUCAACACAUGAGAACACACACAGGUGAAAAAAUAUUUAAAUGUUUAGUUUGUGGCAAAAGUUUUUCUCAAAAUUGCCGUUUGACUCUACACAUGAGAACACACACAGGUGAAAAAACAUGUAACUGUUCAUUUUGUGGCAAAAUCUUUUAUCGAAAUUUGUCUUUGACUCAACACAUGAGAACACACACAGGUGAAAAACCAUUUAACUGUUUGAUUUGUGGUGAAAACUUUUCUAUUAAGAGCCGUUUGACUGAACACAUGAGAACACACACAGGUGAAAAACCAUUUAGUUGUUCAGUGUGCUGUAAAAGGUUCACACGUAAUGCAGACGCAGUAAAACACAUGAGAACACACAAGGGAAAAUAAUCAAUUAGCUGUUUAGGUUGUGGUAUGUUGCUCAUAUGUGGUGACAUCCACCCUACCCAGGACCUCCUCACUGCUUCUUUCACAAAUAUCUGAGGUAUUCAACAAACUUACAUUAUUUGGAGCAUAAUCGUAUCUACUCAUGACACCAUGUCUUGUCUGUAUCUGAAACCUUCCUGAACAGUAAGAUAGAUGAUGCUUCAAGUGCUUGGUUACUCCUUCUUCAGUCCAGGGACCUGGGGCCUCAUGUGUCAAGUUUGUGCACGCUCAAAAACCUGCACUACACCCUUUUUCACUGCAAAGUUGAGAUGUAUCAAAACUGAUGUUGACGCAUAAGUGAUGCUGGGUAACUGUUUGCAUAACAAACUGCCAACUUUUACUCCUCAGACUGAUUGAUGUGCAAAUCAGAGACAUAUGAACAAUUAACCCCCAACACCCACAACCCAACCCCCACCUCCCUCGACAUUCGGGCAUAACAGGUUCAAUCCGGCCCGCGAGAUGAGUUUGCAAAGUUUAAAAUUCAGCUGCAUUUUUUAAGGAAAUAAACUGCUGUUCUAAAUGUGUCCACUGGAUGUCGCAAUAACAAUUCUUUUAGACAAGCAAAUAGUUUAUACCGGGGCGAGCAAGUAUACCAAGCAAGAGGUACACGGUAAAGCGGGGCUGUGACUCCUCCCCCUCCACCCAACGUAAAACAGGAGUAAAAUAAGCAAUCAGUAACGCCACUUAAAAUGCAGCAUGAGACACUGCACACUGAUAUAGUUCUGUGAAAAUGAUUGUCUUCUGUGCAAAUGUAAAGAAAGUGAACAGUGUGUGAUUUACUGCAAUACUGUCAGUCUUUUAACUUUUUAAUUGUGCUUUGUUGAAAAUUUUCACACAUUGCACAGCUUUUAUUUUUCUAUCAAUACACAUUAUGUCUAGAAGACAGGAAGUAACUCAACACUCUUGAAUAGUUUCUACCUCAGUUUGUAUGGUUUGUUGAGUUAGCACA